GUGACACAAUAGAGUUUAAAGUGUGACAAUGUACAGUUGUGAGCUUGGAUGCAACUGAAAGUGUAGUGUUUACUAUAGUUGGUAAUCUGUGACGUAUUGUUGCCUGAUUGGCCGUAGCGCCGCUUCUUAUCAUACUUUCACCUGGCAUGCAUACAUAAUGACAUGAGGAUGCACAGUCUUUGAACAACUACAAAGGAGAAAGGAGCCUGUUUGGUAAAAUAACGCUGUGUGAACAAGGACUUUGGAGGCAGUAGAGGGGAUAGUGCAUUGUGAAUGCAUGGACGGAGAUCAUUCAUGUGAAGAAGCAGCCCAUCGCAGCUCAUCAGUGGACUGUAGCAAAUUGGUUGCGGGUUUCUACAGAGAGUGCAUCGUUGCUUGGAUGAUACAGAUAAUGAUCACGUAGUAACCUACCUGUUGUCAUGAAAAUCACUCUUAAGGAUGUCCUUGAUAACAAUUUAGGCCUACUGGAAGUGACACCAUACCAACGAUGUUAGUUCACCAGCGUGGAUGACAACAAUCACAUAAGCCGGGUCAGAGUGUGAGUCAUGACAAGGAACUGUACUCAUGCUACUAGGAAGUGUUAUUUGUAAUGCUCACGCGCAUACAAAAAGGACAUCAAGUUUCAGGAAAUCUAAGAUGGCAUGCUACCGUGAAGAUGCCAGGAACAUUUCGGAUUGCAGUGCAUUGGGGUUAGGAGUAUAGGAGGUGAACUGACCAAUUAUAUCUGGGUCCUUUCAAGAGGCGGAGAGGUGGGCAGGUUUAUUUGCUCCUGAUCACUAUUCGAAUGCAAAUACCUUCUGAGUGUACAGAGAAAGUGGAGAGUUCAUCCUGGAGAGUUCAUCCUCUGACGUGGAGGUAACUAUAUUCUCGUCAUAUCAAACCCAAUGCCUGGUUAGGAAGGAGCAUUGAGGAGUUGCAGUUCAACAACACUGAGUCAAAAUGUCAAAAACUGGCCGGAGCCGUAAGCAGCACACAGCUGAAAUAUCCAUUGCCAGUAUUGGCAAUUUGGAGGUUAUCAGCGAAGAGAAUUUCUUGAAGCGGCUGGAGGGGAUGUCGUCAUGUGAGGACUGUAAACAUGAACGUUCAAAAUCAACGCAGUCAAAACACCGAAGACCGGUGAAAAACAAGAAAAAGUUUCGCCAGCAGAAACAAGCGCGGACCAACUCGCCGAUUGUUAUUAAGCUGUCCGAUACGUUGAAACCGCAGAAGAGUCGGAGGAGAGGUUCGAAGGGUGCAAAGAUGGAGGAGGAAACUGUUACUGUUAACACUACUAGCUCAGGGAAUAAUAGUAGCAACAGCCUGGAGAUGGCUGGCAGCAAAUCCGAGAAGAAUUUCUCGGCUAUGAUCUCAAUUUUAGAGAAAUGUCACCAGAAGCAUUUCUCAUCUGAAUUUUCUUUGAACUUGAACAUGGAUAGUUCACUGUGCUCACAAAGCAAUGUCCUGCUGAAUAAUACUCGCUCACCUUUACCGCACACGAGGAAUACUCCAACUACCCCAAAACAGUUUUUCGUUCUUUCAAAUAACGUGGAUGUUAUUUGCAAUGAUUUGUCGGGAAAACCAGGCUCCGUGGUCGGGGGUGAUUCUUCAUCAUUAGUACUAACACAUUCUCAGGCAGAAAAUGGAGGACCCAACACAAUAUUAGUGGACAAGGACUUAAGCAGGGAUGAGAUGAGUCAGCUGGUCGAAUACACCACUGGCUUUGCUGUGACUCGUUUUGACUGUAUGCAGCUUGAUUGUGCCGAUUGCAUCUCAUGGCCAAGUACUGUUGCAAAGUGUCGUAGCGUGGGGGAUCACUUGGAUCCUGAUGACGAUGACACAGACAUUAGCAGUGAGAGUUCUGAUGCAACGGAUACAGACACUACCACCAUUAUUUCUACGUCUUUUUCUUCGUCAUUGCGGCCAUCUGUUUCAGAAUCUACAUCCUCUUCAUCACCUGUGUCUUCAUCGGAUGAGCUUAGCUCAACCCCCGCUGAGACGUCCUCUGAUAGUGAUGAGGACGAAAAACAAGAUGUGGUCAUUUGUUCUCCAAUAACCAAACCUAAAACUGCCAAAGCAGAAUGUGCUUUGAUUACAAAACCGAAAGUCAUCAAAACGGCAGCAGUUACAAAACCAAAGACGGUGAAAGCUACUUGCAGUACAAAAACAGUUAGGAAAGAAUCAGUAACAGUUUCUACUAAAGGUAAUUCAGCUACUCAAGAAAAGCGCAAUAAAAAAUCGGCCAAGGACAAAUCUAAAUCUGCUACACCACAAAUCUUUACUAUUCAAUCUAAAACUGGUGCUGUACAAGGAGACAGUGUCUACAUAGACCUUACUGAUUGUGAUGUGGACAUUAGUGUUUUCUAUCAUCCAAAACCAACAGAAUAUGAUUGGUGCUAUCCAUCCUCAUCUGCAGCGCCGUGUUACGACGGCUACUGGUACUACCCGCCGAUGUCGUACACAUACUUUCCUUCCUACUACAUGCAACCACCUGUCGUGUCAAUACCGAGACCACUCUGCGUCCCUCGAGAUCAGGAUAUACUCGCUUCAUCAAAGACAUGUAUGAUCCCAGCUCAUGAGAUCGAAAACUUCACUGCUACCCAACCUGCCCAAAGACCAUGGAUUCCCUUGGCACACCCUGAAAGAAAUCGCCCAACAGCGAUCUUCACAGUCAUGUGCUACAAUGUCCUCUGUGAUAAAUACUGCACACGCCAACAGUACGGGUAUUGUCCAACGUGGGCCUUAUCAUGGGAGUAUCGGAAAAAAGGCAUCAUCGAAGAGAUCAGGCAUUAUAGCGCGGACAUUAUAAGCCUCCAGGAGGUUGAAACGGACCAAUUUUAUCAUUUCUUCCUGCCAGAACUGAAGUCCGACGGUUAUGAGGGUGUUUUCGCGCCGAAAUCCCGGGCUCGCACAAUGAGUGAAAAUGAAAGGAAGCAUGUCGACGGUUGUGCUAUUUUCUACAGGACAUCCAAGUUUUCUCUGUUGAAAGAACAUUUGAUGGAGUUCAACCAGAUUGCGAUGGCGAGUGCCGAAGGGUCCCAUGACAUGUUGAACAGGGUAAUGACAAAGGACAACAUUGGCCUCGCCGCUCUUUUAGAGACCAAAGAGGGUGUGUUUGAAAAUGGUGUACCCCCAGAUAAUCAAAUAAGGCAGCCGAUCCUGGUGGCGACAGCCCAUGUUCACUGGGACCCAGAAUACAGCGACGUCAAGCUUAUACAAACCAUGAUGCUCAUGUCCGAUCUGAAGAACUUCAUCGAAGAAACAACAACCAGUUUGCGUCCAGGCGCUCCGCUCGCCGACUGCAAUAGCCUGCCGCUGAUUCUGUGUGCUGAUCUCAACUCAUUACCAGAAUCUGGUGUGAUUGAAUAUCUGGUGGAAGGAAAGAUUGCGGCCAAACAUGUCGACUUCAAAGAUUUGGGUUACGAGGAUUGCUUACAGAAACUCACUACGAUCGACAACCCAGAUUUUCUUGGUCAUGAUUUUCGGUUGUCGCGUUCGUACAGCGACGACGUGAUGCCGUACACAAAUUACACGUUUGACUUCAAGGGCGUCAUUGAUUAUAUCAUCUUCUCGCGGGAUUACAUGACGACACUCGGAAUUCUCGGCCGAAUCGACCCCGACUGGUUCAAGGACAACAAAGUCAUCGGCUGUCCGCACCCACAUAUCCCGUCAGAUCAUUUCGCACUACUGGCCGAGUUCGAACUCCACGUACCAUAUCCUACAAACACACGAGGGAACACAAACAAUUUUCAUGGUUCACGCAGGUAGUCACUUUCUGUGCCACCGAUAACACCGACCAACUCCGUGAAUUUUCUCCACCCGUUGAGAAGCAAUGAUUGACUGUUUCGUACUUCUGUAGCUCAAACACUGUCAGCUGCUGCCAUCUUGUGUCUGAUGAUGGUUCUACGCUUAGUUAUGGUGCUUCUGGCAAUAUUUCUGUUAGUGGUCACAGCUAAAUUUUUGUUUCAUCUUAGGUUGGUAGGAAUUGCCUGUGCAAUUCAAAUACUUAUGUCAUGGAAAUGUGCAUGGUAGUUCCUGCAUGCUCAGGUGUAGUUGACUGUGUGCAAUUAAUGGGGGUAUUUCAUUUUGAUACAUAAAAAACUUGCUGCAGUUUCCUGCAAGGCUUUGAAUUGAAAUGGGACUGUAAUAGAACUGUUAAGGUGGGUUUUAAUUGGAAGCAUUUUAUUAAAGUGCAUAAUCUGCUGAAUUUAUUUUCCACAGCAUUUCAACUUAUUUGUGCUGCAAGCAGUGGUAGUUUUUUUUGUUUAAAUGCCAAGUUAAAAUCAGUUUUGCAGGAAACUGUGAAUAGUUCGGGUACUUAAGCAAAUAUCUGUUGGAAUUAAAAAAUAUCUUGCCUGAAUUUUUGGGAUUGUCUUCUUUAUCAUGCAAAUUUUGCAGUCUGGCUCCACUUAAACGUUGGCAGUUUCCCCAUUCUGAUUGCUGUUUAAAUUCAAAGUUUGCUGUGGAGUGUGAAAGCACCCUGAUGCAAUCAGGCUAUAAGCCCUUUUAUUGAUUUCCAUAACAGCGGAAACAGCUGUUCUUGUUGGCAAACUGUGGAAACUGUGUGUCAUUUACCGCCAUUGGAUUAAUUUCAAUGUAAGUUUAUGACUCAGCAAUCGUAACUGACCACAAACACCCUCGUGGGAAACGGCCAGUUCCAACUGCAGUUGAAACGUUUCUUUGUGGCAAUGAAAUCAACUUUGAAAUAGUGCAAAAUGCUGCAAUUUGGACUAUGGUAAAGACUUCAAUCAUCGGAAUUUUAGAGGGAUCACGUUCUUUGCAUGGUCUGACUGUCUACAACUUUGACACCAUCCAUCCACUUUUGGUGCAUUUCUUCAUGAACUCAGUCAAUUAUGUUUGUUGCUUUGUCGCCACAAAGAAUUUCAAGGUAGGCUUAUCACGUCUUCAGUCAAAUAUCUUCUGUGGCCAAUCUGGUUAUGAUUUUAAAGUGGUCUAUUAUCUUUCUCGUGCACUAUUCUGAUUAAUUUCAUCUUAGUUCACAAGUUUGAGCUCGAGCCCUUGUAAAUUUAUUUCGUAGUGACAUAUUCAACGAAUUCAACAUUACUUUUGUUAAAUUUAGCAUGAAAUCUGUCUGAAUAAAUGAAUUUUGAAGAAUCUGAUUUUUGUUCAAAAACUGAGGAAAUGAAUUGAUGCGCACAUUUCUUGACUUUCCACCUGAAUACUGGGGCACUUGUCUUGGGUAUUUAUUUCUGUACAUACAGGCACUUACAUAACUUAAUGUCUCUUUCUAUUCAAUUUGGAUGACUGUUACGUAAUUGUUUUAUUCAAUGAUCAUAUGCUAGAUGUUUUACUUCAUGUUGGGUGUGAGACCUAGGUGUAUGUUUUGGUAGCUAUCUCAUAAUAUUUUGUGUCCAUUUCUGUGUAUAAAUAGAAGCAUGCUAACAUUAGCAGAAUGAUUUUAAAUGUCUCUUAUGUUUUAAACUGUAGCACUGAUAUUUUUAUUCUGCACACAUUUUUCAAGUGAAAAGUGGAUGGAUGGUUUAAAAGUUGAACAUAGGUUUGAGGAAAUAUUAUUUAAAUAAUGAGAAGGAAAUAUUUCACAGGUCAACCCAAAAUUUUGGAAAGGUGAAAAUUCUUGUUAAUUUUGACUUUGAAUGGUUUAAACCACGAGUUGUCUUAGUCUAAAUGUUGGUAGUAUUUAAAAAAAGACACCUGUGUAAAUUUCCAAACUUAACUUAAACUUGCGGAAAGAGUUAUAUUUCUUUUGCUGCUUCGGCGAUUGGAAAUUCUUGCUCUUAAGUAGAUCUUGGAAGUUUCUGGUAAUUCUCCUGUAUAUAGGCUAAAUUUUGUACUGCUUGUCCUCAUUCAGGAAAUGCGACUAGUUUUUCGCCAAUUUUUUUCAGCAUGAAGAAGUGAAUGGUAUUGAAACAUAUCAUUUGUAUUUGAUUGGCUGUUUCUCGUUUGCUAUGUAUUCUAAAUCGUUGCUACAGUCAGUCAUUGCUCCAUCUGGUGGGGAAAACAUAAACGAGGAAAAUCUUGCUCUCAUAAAUAACAUUGUUUCUUUGUGAGAAAUGACAUGGCAUUUUGAUUCAGAAAAGUAUUUUCUGGAAAAUUUGGUGGCCGUUUGUUUUUUUCCGGUUGUGCCAUGAGAUUAAAGUGUCACAAAUGUUUCAGCUACCCGUGGAAUUGGUAUUGAAUAUGAUGGACUCACCCUGAUAUAGUAUCAGUCAUGUAAAUGUAAAUGGAUUAUGAGGAAAGAGUGUCUAUUUUUGAAGUCACUGCUAUGUAUAUAAAUGUAUAAACUCGAGAAUUUGGACACUUUUGGACAUGGACGUGACGUAGUCAUUUCAUGUCCGAGCUGGCUUGGAUAAUGGAUCAUGAAAAUGUACAACAUAAUUUGAUUUCGUAGAAAUUGAUCACUGGUUUCUUUGAAAGUUUGCAUCAUUUGUCUAAUUCUUUCGUAAUGUCUUGAUCGAGUCGAAAGCUUUAUUUGGGAAGAUACUGGUACUAACGUCAUCUUGGAAACUUAGUUGAAACUACUUUUAGGGAUCCAUCAAACGGUUUUAAGUCGGUAGAAAGGCAUGUUUUAUACUUUAUGGGUAUUUAUGAUACCAUCUUGGAAGAUCUGAGGUAUGCAAAAAAGAGUAGGAAUAUGACAUAUUUAGAAUUUGGCGAAUACAAAACUUUGUUUUAGUAGAAGUAAAUUUCUGAAGCCACGCUUAUUGGGUGGUACAUUUUCCCAUUAGGAAUGGCGUCGAGAUUGUCUUGCUAAACUUUUGUCUUUUUGUCAAGAUGACCAAUGUUGACUUUUUUGAUAUCUGGGUAUGAAUUGGUUAAAUCUUCUGAUUGCUGGUUUUCAGUCAAUCAUCAGGCAGUCGGUGGUGUCACUCCGACAAACGUCUGCUUGUAUUUUGGGCAACAAAAUUAGUAAAGAAACAGUACCGAAACCUAUGAGAAUCAAACAGAUGUUUUUGAACCCUUAACCCACUGUCAGAUUGGCUGAAUUCUGGUGACUUGUCUUGUUUUUGAUGACAGUUUAUUUAAGGUCAUCAGUGUUGGUUGGACUUUAGGCAGCUCAUUUAUCAUUAUUCAUUCUCAAUUUCACCUCUUCAGGGUUGUUUUGGGUGAUUCUGCAGUUUGGCACAUUUUCCCAAAAAGUAACUUGGGCAAAAACAACGCCUGUGCCUUAUCUUUCAUACUUUUGUUUUAUUGUACUUCCAGUUGACUAAUUUUAGAUUAAAUCUUUGCAAAAAGGGAUGAAUUUCUGGCUUUGGCUCAAUAUAGUAGCACUAUUUGCUGGCCAUUUUUUGGAAGUGGAAUCAAAAUAGCUUAACAUGGAAACUGCAAAACUGCAUAUUGACCCAUCAUGUCUACAUCUAAAAGUUUUUAGCUAUGAGCACGUUAUCAUAAGCUAUCAUUGGGAGAAAAACAUUUCAAAAUGUCACUGUGUUUUUGGUUUCAAAAUCUUCAUAGACACUGGGUACUUGUAGGGUGAACAAUGGCAGCAUUUCUGUGGGUUCGGGAUGACAGAUGUAAAAAAGAUUGCUUUCACCGAGUAUUCUGGCUAGGAAAUUUAGAUAUAUCUGUGUAUGGCUUUUCUGAAUGCACAACAGAAGGAGAUUGUGGGCAUAGGGAAUUCUUGACAUGAGCAACUUGAGGCACAGAAUGGGCAGCGCUUGUGCAUUGUUGAUUUGGUGCGCCAAAGAUUAUUCCCACCUUGAAGUAAACGAUAAUUGGAUUACAAGUACGAAAUUGUGAUCUCUUAUUACAAAACUAAGAGUAUUUUUCCAUUUAAAAUAGUGAAAAUAGAGUAACAAAUAUAGCCUUUUUUAUAGGAGUGAUUUACCUUAUAGAGAAUCACUGCUUGAUAGGUUUUUAAGCACUAAACAUAGAUUGAUUUGAUAAUCUUAUAGAUUCUUGAGGGUUCUCUUCAAGUUGAGCUCUGUGGUGGAAUUUUCUGUCCGAUUAUACUGGGUGAGAAAGCACAUAAUUGUCAAAGAUAAUUUAUCGCCUGUUUUUGAAAAUUCACGAAAAAAGUACUAGGAUUGCAAUUUUUUAAUUCUGAAGAUUUGGGUACUCAUUCAAAGUUGUUAGGGUGUCAUUUUUUUUCAUAGGGUUUUGUAUUUUUUGUACUCCUAUGAUUUUGGUUGAUAUCAAAUUGUCAAAGGAUUCAUAAAAUUAUAAGUGCUUCUGUAAAAAAGGCUUUGAUUGGGUCUCAAUUCGUAGCCACCAUGCAUAAUAUUAAAGUGUGUGUCAAAACUAAAUUUCACACCAUAUUUGGGGAAACGUCUUGGUUUUGCAAAAGUCCAUUGACAAUUAUGAAAGUUCUACUCAGAAAUUUUUUUUUUGGACCCCACAUUUUCGAUUUAGUUCCUGAAGAUUAAAAAGAUAAUGGUUGUUUCAUUGGGUCAGGCUAGUGCCCUCGAGAGAAUAACUUACUUUUGACAUACACUGUGGGUGUGAAGUAAAAACUCAGGAUAUUAGCAAAGCUAUUCAGCCGAGUUAAUUAGGUUGAGAAAUUUUCAAAAUAUUCGUUAACAAUUCACAAUGCAAAUUAACCCCUUUUAUAAUAUUCCUUUUAUCCUUAUGUCUGAAGACAUCAUGAAACAAGUUUAACAUCUUAUCUCUGAACUCAACUCCAGAUCUUGUAUCAGUGCAAUUUAUUUAAACCUCUUAAAAUGAUCUGCAGAACAUUUUAAACUCUUGAUGAGCAUAUGAAAAACUUAGCUGAAAGGUCAAAGCGAUAUUUCGAGAUGAGCAUGUGUGACAUUUCACAUAUUCAUGAAGUGCCCAUCAAUUUGACAGGCCUGCAGUACAGAAAUAACAUUGUUUACAAUGCCAUUAAAACUAAAAAAAUUUAAUAAGGAUCCUCCAAAGUGUUUUCCUCAAAUUUAUUUUUCAUUUCAAGUGUUGUCUGGUAAACACUACAGAUGUUGUCAUCUGCCUGAGCAGAACACUUGUUGUUCAGUCGAGUAACACAAUCAUCUCAAGUCCAAUGGACUAUAAUUGUAUAUCAUGUUCUACGGAUGAUCAUGCUUUUUCAAAUUUGUAGAUUUUUGCCUGGCGUUUUUGGCUGGGUUUAGUCUACGAAAUUGUACCCGCGGCCUGUUGGUCCGGUCACGGCAGAUUCAAAUGUAGCAAUAGUGAUUGCCAUGUAGACAUCAUGCUUUGCCCAGCCAUCGUUAUGCAAGUCAAAACAGGGUUAUUAUUAAAGCAUAUUUUGUACUUUUGGAACUGCCAUUGUAACUUAUAAUAAAGUAUGAAUAGAUAAAAACAUGUUAUUUUGCUGUGGGGCUUGCAUGAUGAUGUGCUGGUGUUUUUACUACUACUAUGACAUUCCUGUAAACUUAUCAGAUGGGUUGUCAUCACACCUUAAUAACCUGUUUGUAUAUUUUGUGUCCAUUGUUGAGGACGAAUAAAGUGUCCAGAUAAUGCAUUAGAAA